GGAUCGAGGCAAGCAUAUACGUAGCUUGCUGUGUGGUUUGUUUUCGGUGUGCUUUCCGGCAACCAUAUGUGUUUUAGAUGGUUUGAACCACUUCGUAUGUAAUCAACAGAUUAAUCGGUAUUGACCGGAACAUUACCUCUCAUCAGCCUCUGCCCUAUUGUACUCAAGUGUAGUUGUCAGACUCAGAGGAUUCCAGGUCUAUCUGGGGCAGGGCGUGUGCCCUGCAGCUCGCAUCCCUCCAGGUGGGGGGCAUCCAUCCACCAGCCCCACUUCCCUUUUCCCUACCCCUCUGGUCUUCAGCUUCAUUCCAUGGGGGUAGAUGGCAUGUAUGAGAAGAGCAGGAUGCUGAACAUACAGAACAGUGCAUGGGGUGGUCGCCAAGAGUGGUAUCAAGACAAUUUGGUGACUGGACCACCGAACCCUGAUAGCUGUCAGCAACUGGAGAGUGGCCUAGAUCCUGACCAUUCACAAGGUGCAAGCAGUCAAGAUCUGGAUGAGUCCCAAAUCCGUUUGCAGCUGAAGCGCAAACUGCAAAGGAACCGGACAUCUUUCACCCAGGAGCAGAUAGAGGCACUGGAGAAAGAGUUUGAGCGCACUCAUUACCCUGACGUUUUUGCCCGUGAACGCCUGGCAGCAAAAAUUGAUCUUCCAGAGGCUCGGAUCCAGGUUUGGUUCUCCAACCGCCGGGCUAAAUGGCGUCGGGAGGAGAAACUGCGGAACCAGAGGCGUCAAGCAGGGGGCACUGGGGGGCACCUGACCAUAAACAGCAGUUUUGGCACUGGGGGCAGUAGUGUCUACCAGUCCCUCCCCCAGCCUACGGGGUCAGGCACUAUGUUAGGCCGUACGGAAAGUGCCCUCAGCAACAACUAUGGUGCCCUUCCACCCUUGCCCACUUUCUCCAUGGCCAACAGCCUUCCUAUCCAGCAAGCCGUACCCACCGUUGCCAGCCAGACGUCAUCUUAUUCCUGCAUGCUCCCAGGUGGCUCAUCGGUGCGAAGCUACGAUUCCUACACACCCUCCCAGCUGUCCUCACAUAACCUGAGCCCAAGCAACGGGGCCUCUACCGGGUUAAUCUCUCCUGGAGUGUCAGUUCCUGUACAAGUCCCUGGUGGGGACCCUGAUCUUGCCCAGUACUGGCCAAGGUUACAGUGAGGAAAGAGUUGGAGGGAGAACUGAAAGACAAAAGGGAAGUGAUACAGGAAUGGAGAGGAAAGGGUUUUCCUUCCCAGGGUCAAUACGGCAAUGGGUCACGAUAGCUGGGGGAGGGAAUGGUAGAAAGGGAGGCCUGCCUUCCCCAACUUUGUAUUAUCUAUGUUAGACAACCAUGUCUGUGUUGUUGUCGAGCUUUCUCCUUCCCUCAGUGGGUGCAUGCAUUUGCCAUGGGGGAGGAGGACAAUCCCUCAGUUGUCCACCCCUUUCCCAUUACACAUUCUGUCCUGUGAAUUCCUUCUUUUCCUCACCCUCUCCCCUCCUAAAAGAGGGCCAUGAGAAUAAAAUAAAGUUGCCAGAAGUAUCAUGGGAAGAGGGGGAAGAAAACCCACUCCCUUGGGGAUCUAGUGUCAAGAACUGAGGGAGGGGGAGAGAAAAAAGAUCAACCCUGGGAGAAGAAAAGAAAUGAAGGGGACCCUUGAAAGCUAAGUAGGUACUGACAGAAAAAGAAGCAGCCACAUCAGACUCUUGUGAAAAGGGUUGUUAAAGAAGACAAACAACAACAACAACAACAGAUUGUGAAGAGAAUUAAGCACCAGUCCCCUUUCAAGAUAUUGCGAAAGGUUAUGUGGAGGGAAACACUGCUACUGCCAUAAGUAAAAAGUAUUGUGGGGAAGAAUGCAUUGAUCUCUCCCUACUUUUGCCUUCCUACAAUAUCACGGGAUGUAUGGUCUUUGAGCAAAGCUUCUGGGGCUCUUUUGCAUUUGGGAGGGUUACUAGCGUUACUUCCUAGGUGUGUGGUGGUGUUCAGUGUCUGUUCUCCUUACACGACUUCCCUUUAAGCCAGUUCACAUUCGUCUCAUCAGUUCAUUCUGCCUCCUUCUAACCCAUCUCUUUAUCUUUCCUGCAUGGAAUUCACUUAGUUGGGUUUCACUCAGAUCCCAGAAGGCUUGUGACCUCUGAUCUACACAGAACACCCCCCACCCACACCUACACAAACAGACACACUACU